UGACAGCUGCCAUCUUUAUUUACAUUUUCAGUAGUGAAAGCAUUUUCAGUAUUUCACGCAUUUCAAUGAGUUUCCUAUGAUAUUUCUCUAAUAUUAGUGCUAAAAGAGAUUCACGAUAUUCUCAGCUUGACCAUGGAGUAUGAAAAAUCUCGAAACAGCACUGCAACACGUUCAAGACAGGGCAGAACAACAUCGGCACAGUAUGAUCGCUAUAUCAGAUUUCUGGCCAAGCAUCCCGCUGUGCUGAAUUCCUCGCACAAGGACUACAAUCGCCUGUGGAAGGAUCUCACUGCCGAGCUGAAUACGCAGGGCCCGGCGUUCUCGAGAAGGUACUGGCAGGGAAGGCUGCGGAAUUGGCAAUAUCAAUUGAUUGGGAAGCAGAGAAGGAACGCCACACUGUCACCAAGGGACAUCCGGGCUCUGCAGUUGAUUGGGAAGAUAAAGCCCUUGAUAAAGCCUGAUGUAGAGACCCGCGAAGUCUCUGAAUCUGAGGAAUCUCAAGGCUUUGGCAACGGUGAUUCUUAUCUGAUUCCUAUUGAGAGCUACCGGCAGAAGGCUAGCAGAACCAGCAAGGAUCAGCACUAUGCCUUCGUGGAGUUCUUAGAGAAGCAUCCGCACAUCCUGGAUGCCUCUCAGGAUGUGCGGAUGUCCUCAGGUUACAGAACGAUGUGGAAGGAACUGGCGGGGAUAUUGAAUGAAAAAGGACCUUAUCGCAGCACUGGACAGUGGCAGACGCUUCUCCGAGGCUGGCGCAAUGGCAUAGUCGCAAAGAAUAAGCGGGCAAAGCAGCAGGGCGUCUGCAAUCUCACGGAACUGGAGAAGAAACUGUUGAAAAUCAUCAGUCAAAUUCCCCAUCAUGUCACAUAUGCGGAGAAUUCUUCUGAUGAUGAUUCGCUGACGGCUAAAUUGGAUAUGGAUGAAAAUGAGCUCAUGGAGGAGACUCAGUCGCACUCUGAAGAAAUUUUGGCGGAUACUUUGCCAGAGAAUCCAGACAUAUCUUCUGUGUGGUUCACAGAACCCAAGAAGGAGAUCAUCCUGGACGUGGUGGAUGAAGAUGACAUGUUGAAGGAGUCAUUUGAAGUUUCCAAGAAUCGAAUGAUGACUUUUCCCAAGGAUCCAGUGAAGAAGUGGACAGAGAAGGAGGUUAAAUGCCUCAUUAAUUACAUCAAGGGUAGUCUAAAGGACUUUGAGAAGCCAAAUCCUAACAUUUACUAUGGAAGAUUUCUCUCAAUAUAUCCAUCAAUCUCUUCGGACGUCGACAAGAAGUGGAACAUCGUUAAGGAACAGGUGUCUUUCCUUCAGAGGCAGUACAAUCAGGUGAAGAAGACUCUCCAAUGGAACACAGAAAAAGAUCCUUCAUCCAAAUUGAUUCAGAAAACUGCACAACUGCUCACAAAGUGUCCCUACUAUGAUGAUCUGGAUCUGAUCUUCAGCAGAAUGACUCAGAAUGCAGAAACCCAGAAAAUCGAGUGGAAUUGUCGACCCCAGAAAGUCUUCCUUCCAUCGCAGAUAACAGUUCGCAAUAUGAAGACGAGUCAGGAUCUCUUCAUGCCGUCAACUUCGAGUACUUCAUUCGUCUCAGAACCUUCCAAGGAGUGGGAAGAGGAGAAGCUAAAUCUGGAAAUCCGUAGAUUCGAGCUGGAGAAGCAGAAGUUCAUACAUGAGAUGCAAAUGAAGCACAAGAAGUUCGCCCUGGAGAGUGACAUGAGGAAGAGAGAGUUGGAAUUGAGGAAGCUGGAGCUGGAGAAUGAUCGACUGGAGGUGGAGAAGAUGAUUGAGAUUGAGAAGUUGCGAUUGCAACAGGAGGAGCGAAUAGAAAGAUUUCAGAUUCAAAUGCAAUAUGGAAUGUGAGAACAGAGAAAAUACACAUUUAAAAAUAAAU